AUGUGCUACCACGCCACAGAGAGCAUUUCGAAUCUGUCCACCAGGGAGAUUACGUGGGGGGGAAGAAAGGAUAAAUUUGACAACACAGACAAGACAAGUGGGCCAAUAGGACAAGUGAGCCAAUGGGACAACCAAUGGGACAAGGCCAACGGGACAAGGGGGACAAUGGGACAAGGGCGACACAUGGGAAAAGGGGACUCGGGGACAAGCGGAUAAAGAGACCAAUGGGGCAGGGGUUAAAUGGCAUAAAUGUGACAAAAGGAAAUUGGGAAAUUGUACUACUGAGUCACGGAGACAAAAUGAACAAAAUGGAAGAACGGGGCAAGUAGGAUAAAUGAGACAUAUUUAUUUAAAGACUUAUGCGCACUGGUGAAGUCUAAACUCAAGACCGCAAAAAUGUUUUAAAUUGACUCUCGAAUAUUGUCAUGGGCGUUGCUAUGAACGCGCUUUUAAAGCGUUGUUUAGAUUUCCGAUUGCUAAGGAGCCAAGUGCGUGUUUACCGACGUACAUAACAAAACCAAUAAUUGUGUUUAAACGAAACAUUUUGGCGGAUGCUGAAUAACCAGCUAUUGAAUGGUUUGUGCAGACAAAACAAAAUAUAAAACACAAGACACUGUGUAUCACAUUAUUUCUGCAUUAUCCAACGUCCUUUUCAUUAAAAAUAGCAAAGAUUAUAGCUUUAUAAUGACAAUAUUCAAUUUCUAUAUGUUUAUUUUUUUCAUUAAUUUACUUGUCAAUUUCAACAUAAGCAAAAUUAUUGCCAUGAAAUUCCUGUAAUGCCUUAGUUUGAUUACAAUAAUAUAUUAAAAACGAUUCAUAGAAGUGUUAUUCUUUUUGAUAAAUUUCACUAUCUUUUGCUAUAUUUUGACAUAGCAGGCAAAAAUGUGAAGGACACUUAUCUCAUAUUAUGACUAUUUUUUCUCACUUUUUUCACUGAGCUCAUUACCCGACAUCGGAGAUAACAACACGGAUGUUUAGAUAUUCGUGGUUGUGAAUUCAUCUUCUUAUUGAAGAGAAGUAUAUCGUUAAUCUUCGUUAAUGUAUAAUAUACGUUAAUCUGCUCGCUGCGUUAUUUUGAAUUUUGCAAAAUACAUUCUAUUUACCCAUUGCAUUGAAGCCAAGCCAGAAAUAUGGGAAAUGCUGUACAUGAUAAUUAAAGUUAAAGAUAAGUUAGUAAAAAUUGGAAAGUAAAGUAUUCAAACACGUAAUGUAAUACAUGGAGACCGGUCACGUUUAAAUUACAAAUACGAAUCGAACUAUUCAGUAUUUCUAAAUCAUAUAUCAAGUAUUGUUUGCAUGUGAUGCAUACUUGCGUGAGGUAUACGUCACGAGUGUUAUUUUAAAUUACAUAUAUGCAUGGCCAACGUAAAAUAUGACUACCCUACGUGCUAUUUAUUGGCAAUUUUUUCAAUUUCAUGCUUCAUUAAAAAAUUUGCCGUUUCUAUCUGUAUAUUCUUUAAAAAAUUAGAGACACUGAGAGCAAAAUAAGGUCAAUGACUGAAUUGGAGGUGACAGAAAAUGUUGCCGCAAUAAUGAACAGUGAACAAUAAUUGAUAGUCAUGUUGCACAGAAUGAUAUAAUAGGCGCAUCAGCUCAGAGAUGUUACUAGAGUGAUAAAGGUGAGAGAAACUCCUUAGACUACUGGAAUGUAGUGCAUUAAUAUUUUGAAUAAUGAAAUUACACUUUUAUAUGUUUUAUACAAUAAAGUGCCCUGCAAAAAUAUUUUACUGUAGAUCGAAUGAGAGUUGGAUCAAUGGAAAAAACAUUUAUAAUAAAACAUCCAAAACAACCUAUAGCUACCUCUCUGAGAAAUUACACCGACAAGCCUUUUAGAGACGUGCAUCUCACUCAACAUUCGACACCACCUACGGCGUUUUUUCCCAAGCCCGUACUAAAGUAAGACUUACAGAACACAUGAUUAAAUAACAAUUAUUCUUCAUAUGAGACUUUUCAUUCACUUAGACUCGUAAGAAUGGCAGCAAUCAACCCGUACCGUUGAUCACUGUCGGACUUUCCCAUUGCAAUAUCUAAAGGCGUUCUGCCUAAUCGGUCGACUACCCUAACAUUGGCUCCGCG